UCAUCAUCAUUACCCACCAGUCCCUCCCACUAUAUAUACACCAUUCCCUUCUUUCCUUUCUCAGCUUGCACGUUCUAAAAAGAGAACUACAAGCUUCAAUUUACUCCUCUGCUUUUCAUUUCAUUCCUAUUUUCGUCCCAAAAUUUAUAGAUUACUUUCAAUUUGCCCCGCGAAAUCAAAUUAGAACAAAAUGCAAUCUCUUAGUCCCUCAUCUGGUAUAAGUCUCAAAUCCUUAAUCCGGAAAACAACGCCGCCGCCGGGUCAAACCCACCGUUUCGAUCCGGUUCGUUUUGUUAUCCAAUGCGGAUACCGUUCCGACUCGGCUAACACGAAUGCUAGCACUGUGAAUACCAACGGCGCUCCGGUNCCGACGAGCUACAACUUCGCCGGCCACGUCGGCUCGUCAAGAGCUGACUGGCAGAGCUCUUGUGCCAUUCUAGCUAGCAAGGUUGUCUCGCAGCAGCAGGAUACGGAGAAAACCGGCGGAGCCGGUGACAUCACCGUCGUGAACGGCCACAAAACUCUGGAUCUCGUUCCUAUUGAUAACCUCCCCAAGCCGCUCACAAUCACUGACCUCUCUCCUGCGCCGAUGCACGGCUCUCAGAUGCGCGUGGCCUAUCAAGGCGUACCUGGCGCGUACAGUGAAGCUGCUGCCGGAAAGGCUUAUCCUAACUGCGAAGCCAUACCUUGCGAUCAAUUUGAGGUUGCAUUUCAAGCCGUAGAACUCUGGAUCGCAGAUCGUGCAGUACUCCCGGUAGAAAAUUCUCUCGGAGGUUCAAUUCACCGCAACUAUGAUCUCCUCCUGCGUCACCGCCUCCAUAUAGUCGGCGAAGUCCAGCUCCCGGUCCACCAUUGCCUGUUAGCACUUCCAGGCGUUCGUAAAGAGUACUUAACCAGAGUUAUAAGCCAUCCGCAAGCCUUAGCCCAGUGCGAGCUCACUCUCACAAAACUCGGCCUCAACGUAUCGCGUGAAGCCGUCGACGAUACAGCCGGAGCAGCGGAGUACAUCGCCGCCAACAACCUCCGCGAUACAGCCGCAAUCGCUUCCGCACGCGCCGCUGAACUGUACGGUCUACAGAUCCUAGCGGAGGGGAUCCAGGACGAUUCAAGCAACGUGACUCGGUUCGUGAUGUUAGCGAGAGACCCGAUAAUUCCACGAACAGACCGGCCAUUCAAGACGAGCAUAGUUUUCGCACACGACAAGGGAACGAGCGUGUUAUUCAAAGUGCUAUCAGCUUUUGCGUUCCGGAAUAUCAGCUUGACAAAGAUCGAGUCGCGGCCACAUCGGAACCGGCCAAUUCGGUUGGUGGAUGAUGCGAAUGUGGGAACAGCGAAGCAUUUUGAGUACAUGUUCUACGUAGAUUUUGAAGCGUCAAUGGCGGACGUGAGGGCACAGAACGCAUUGGCUGAAGUUCAGGAGUUCACAUCUUUCUUGAGGGUAUUGGGUAGCUAUCCUAUGGACAUGACUCCUUGGUGUCCUUCUCGGGAGGAAUAACAACUGUUUCUCCCCCACUCAAAAUCAAAAUCAACAAAUAAUUAUUUUCUAUUGUUUGUAAUUAUGAUUCCGAAAGAGGAACAAACAAAAGACAAUUUAAGUUUUACUUAAUUCUAUUGAAUCUUUGCCCAUUAGUUUAUUUUUA